AUGUCUACCGCACCAACAUCUGCUCCUGCGGGAAAUUCAGCCGCUACUUCUCUCCCUAUGAAGAUUGAAAGACAAGCCGCCGGGAUGCAAGGCACAAUAUCAUCUGGCAAUAGUAACGCCAAACCUGUCAACUGGGAGUCUGAGAUCCAACUCGUGUCGUCACUAGCAAAGCUCCAAGAGCUCGAACGCAAGAUCCAUGAAAUCCGACAGUUCGUCCCAGCUGGACUUUUAGAACCAAUAGUCCCAAUAUCAAGUUCAAACACAGUCUCGGCCAACAAUCCCGCCGCUGAGACACCGGCAGCUCUGCGCAAUGAUCUUGAACAUGCAGCUCAUGCUCGACUUGCCAGCCUUGAACAGUUCCAGUCCAUGUGGCGCGGUCCGGAGAUGAAGCCUGUUUGGGCUCACGUUGAGGCGCGUUUGAGAGAGGCUAAUGGUCAAAUUCUCCAACCCACCAGCAUGUGGGAGAAGGAUUACGAUGUUCUCCUUGCUGAGCUGACCAAAGCUGAGAAGACCAAGGAAGACGAGCGGUUACGGGAAGAAGAAGACGCCGAGCGAACAAAGGCUUUAUCAUCGGAAGGAGAAUGGACUGCCGUCAUUGAAAGAUUUGAGCAGCGGAAUGUUCCUGGUGUUCGUGUCAUCAAGGGACAGAAUCAGACUUCGCUGGCUAUAGCGCUUUCAAGAGCCGGAAUGGUCUUCCUGGUUGCGGGUGUGCAGGACCACAAUUCACCCGCUGUGUCUGGGUGGCAGGUAUCGAGCAGAGUAGCACCAGGUCGAACUACGACAAAGCUAGAGCAAGCCGUUCUUGAGUGCUUGAACUCCCGACCGCGCAAGUGGGACCUUGCUUUCUUACUGGACAUGAUCGCUUCAUAUGCAGAUAUCAAGCAAACACCUUGUAUAAAGUGUGGCCAGCUCACCAACAACGCGGCUCAACUCCCAACAAUCCGUUGCGCUCAAUCCCCUCCACCCCCAACAGACGACAAAUCUCGUCUCUUCACCUUCGACGCCUUUCAUCCGAGCUGCGCUCAAGCAGGUAUCUCUAAUUGA